AUGGUAUUUAAAGAAGAGUCUAUGUCGGAGGGGUGCAGCGAGAGACCGGAUGCGCCCGGAGAUCAUCCUCAUAGUGCUAAAGAUGUCGAAGGCUUCCACGGUGGAGAUCUAACGAAAUUAGAACAAGAGAAAAUCUGCUUCAAUUUCACCAUCGGAAAUUCAGAAAAAAGGGAAUUUUACUCACCUGGUUUUCCUAACAAUUAUCCUAACAACACCAAGUGCGAAUUGCAGCUUAAAGCCCCGCACGGUCACGUGAUCCAACUGGAUUUCCGGGAGACCUUCCACUUGGAGGAGAGCCCCACCUGUGAGUACGACUGGCUGGAGAUCCGGAAUGGCCCCCACGGCUACUCGCCCCUCAUCGACCGAUUCUGCGGACACGAGUUCCCCCCGCUCCUCGUCUCCAAGGACAGAUUUCUUUGGCUCAAGUUUUCCUCAGACGACAGCAUCGAGUACGAGGGAUUCAAGGCCAUCUACGAGUUUGUACAUAUAAAGGAUUUCGACAGACCGCAGGCAGAAGAUUGCGUAUAUUCCGUGGGGGGCGCAGGUGGCCUAAUCAGCCCUUCGGACGUCAGCAAGUCCAUCCUUAACUAUUCUACCACCUGGAAAGUUCCCCUUGACUGCACCUGGAGCAUAGAAGUGGAGCCCGGCUGGAAGAUGUACGUGAAUUUCCAGAAGUACGAGCUAAAGCACCCGAACAACUGCGAUCUGAACUUCAUCGACAUCUACGAGCAGGAGCUGAGCGACGACACGCGCAUGGCACAGUUCUGCGGCACGGCCACCGAACCACAGAAGUCGGAUGGGAAUCGGGUCUACGUCCGAUACUUUGCCCACAACGACGCGCUCGAUGGGAAGUUCGAGAUCGUCUACACAGCAUUCAGGGAGUCAGAUAAAUGUAUUCCAACAGAAUUCAGUUGUGAUGAUGGAACUUGCAUUGACAAAUCUCUGAAAUGCAACAAGAUGUAUAACUGCAAAUACCGGUACGACGAAGAUCCCGCUCUUUGCACACCGGCGAUGACGGCGUCGCGCAUGCUAACAUCGGAGCACAUGAUCACCAUCCUGGUGGUGUUCUUCGCGCUGGUGCUGGCAAUGUGCGCGUCCAUCGUCAUCACGUGCUACAACAAGGUGAAGGACCGGCGCGAGAAGAAGCGCGAGUACAAGCUGCGCCGCUCCAAGGAGGUCAGCAUGGAGGGCGAGAUGGACCGCGUGCUGGAGGCCGCCCUGGCCGCGCAGGCAGCCGAGAUCGGGGCGGCGCGCAGCAGGAAGCCCGCGCCGCCCCACCGCUGGAUGCACGACGAAGAGGAGUCCAACGGCUGCUACGUGCCCGAGGUGGACCUCAGCAUCUUCCACAAGAGCCCCAAUGGUGGCCAUGUGAUCAGUCGCGAUAACGGUAUCCACGUGAUCAGCAACUCAUACCCGGAUGGCGUGAACCCGCUAUGCCGAGAGCACGGUCGCAGGGGCAGCCUAUCGCCGCCCCUGCCCCCGCCCCCACCACCGCCCCACGUGAGGCGGACCCCGCAGCCCGACAAUCCCCCCUGCCAGAAGCACAACCCGAGCUUCCGGUACGAGGCAGAUGAAGAAGACGACCCCCUCACCGUGGUGCCUUUGUCUCAGAAGUUCCGGGGCCCCCCGGAUGAAGUGGGGGCCCCCGACUCCAGGCCUCCCAGCUUCGACAGCACGAGGUCGGCCCCGGACGUCAUCGUGCACCGCUGA